GUCAGUGACUUCCUGUCUGCUCCUCCUCCAGCUCAGCUGAUGGACACUCAGAAGGAAGCUCUGAGCAGGAUCAUUGGCACGUUGACCAAUAAGAAUGAAGAGCUCCAAAACUUCCUGGAAACACUUGACAACACACGCACAGGCCUGCAGGAAGAGUCAUGUAAGGUGAUGUCAGAGCUGGAGGCGGAGCUGGAAAAGUUAAGCUCUGCCCUGGAAGAGAGAGGGGCGUGGCUUCGCAGUGUCAUUGAAGAGGAGAAGCAGAGGAAAGAUGCAGAGCUUCAGAAGCAGCUGUCAGCGGGAACAUUCGCUCUGCAGUCGUGUGAAGAAUUGCUCGAAUUUGCAAAUCAAACACUGACCAUCACCAGCGAAGAAGAAUUCCUCAAGGCUGCAAAACAAAUCAAAGAAAGGGUAACCAUGGCUCCAGCGUUCCGGCUGACAACUCGUCCAGCGGUAUCGGAGAACAUGUCACAGUUUACUGUGGACUUCAGCACAGAGAGGGCUGGACUUCAACAACUUCACUUCCUGCCUGUACCCAGAGCUCCAGAGAUCGAUGUCUCCAGCUGUGUCGUCCGUGACAAUGCCAUCAUGGUUGCCUGGCGACCAGCUGGUGAGGCCAAUGGCGAUGGUGACGGCGUCAGUGGACGAAUUGAAUGCUAUGAAGUGGAAUACCAAAAAACAAACCGUGACAGCUCAUUGAGAGCCGCAGGAGAAGCAUGCUGGGAAAAAGUCCAUGACAUCAGAGAGACACAUGUUACUAUUGCAGGUGAGAGGUCAGAGGUCAGAGAUCAUGUCUCAGGUCAGAGGUCACAGUCAGAGGUCAGAUUUCAUCUCAGGUCAGAGGCAUAGAUAUAUAUACAUAGAUGCCGCACCCUGGCUUGUGGGCUGCGUCAAUACCGCCGCCAUCUUGCCUAGGUGCUCUGACUGGUUCAGACCCAUGU